AUGGAGAGCCCGCACGAGCACCAGCAGAACUUGCUGCUGUCGCGCAUCAUCACGAAUGUGGUAUGCAGAGACAAGACGAUGGGAGAUGAGACGGAUGGCGAUUUCAAUGGCUGGAUAUGGGAGAAGCUCAACGAGGCCGUCAUGGUCAUGAACAAGGCACUGCAGGACAUCAACAUCCAGAACAUGGAUGUCGAGCUUGUUGCCCAGAUGUUCAAGAACUACCGCUCCAACGUGCUUUUCCACUUGGAAGUCCUUUAUGCCUGCGCUUUACGACCCAUGAUGCUCAGCACCGGCAGCUUUCCUUUCUGGACGAUCCUCUCUCUCAACCACCUCACAAUGUCGCCCGCAACAGCGCCGCCACAACAGCCCGCCGGCACACCAAAGACACAGAAAACACAAAAGAUGGCUUCCUCUUUGACUUCAUCACCGCCCUCCCUCUUCCCGCCAAUCCCCGCGCCCCUCCAACGCCUCUUCGAUCUUGUGCCCCUCAUCAUAUACCCAGCAAAUGCUCUGCCCGGCGACGACGACCCUGGCCUCGACAGCCUCGACAACGACCUCGCAGGCGACUCAGACGGCAGCCUGAGCUUUCUUCCCACCCUCUACGUCUUUAUCGAACCCGCCGACGCCGCGCGUGGCCGCGCCAGCUUCAACCCAACGUGUCUAAAGUGGCAGACAUUCCUGCGGUUUGCUGACAUCCCUGUGCGUUUGGCCGCCUCGUCCAACCAUGCCUCGCCCACCGGCGCCCUGCCAUUCUUGCAGCCCAGCCGGCGGAGGACGCCGUCCCAACCGAAGUCAAAAGCAACGACGACACCACAGCCGCCACGGCCCAUUCCGGCCCACGACUUCCCGGAAUUUGUCAAGAAGAAUGCCCAGGAGUCACAGUCAUCGUCGUCAUCGUCAACUGUGAUCCCCUCGACCCUGCGUGACAACCCCAAGGCCGCCGCCUACCAAGCCCUGCUCGACACCAGCCUACGCCGCGCUUGGCUGCACGCCGUCUACCUCGACGAGACUGCGUCAUCCACGCCAUCCACACCAAAAAAAGCAUCUGGACAGUCCAUAGCUGCUCGCCUCUACGCCGAUGCCGCCUCGACAUCGCCGCUCAUCCGCUGCGCCCUGGCCGGGCAGUUGCGCACCGCCGCGGCCGCCGAGGUUUGGGGCAGCAGCAGCGGUGCACAGGCCGUGACGGCGUCGGCGACGGCGCAGCUGUACCGCGAUGCAGAGGCGGCACUGGCCGCACUGUCGACGCUGUUGACGGAGGAAGACGCAAACGAAGAGGCUGACGGCCGGUACUUCUUUGGCAGCCACGAGCCGACCCUGUUUGAUGCGGCCGUGUUUUCGUACACGCACCUGUUGCUGGAGGACGACGAUGACAACGACCAAAACGGACGGCGGCCCCGCUUCAGGUGGCACAAUCGUGUGCUGCCCGAUAUGGUGCGUGCGCACCCGCGGCUGGUCGAGCACCGCGACCACAUUGUGGCACGAUACUGGCCGAAGCAGGAUGCAGGUGAGUCGGAAACAGCAGCCGAAAAGACACCAGCCGCCGACACAUCCGCGAGCUGGAUCCAGGUCUAG